AUUUUUGUCCUUCUCCCUUCGUUUUCUCCUUCCUUCGGUCCUCCUCUUCUUGCUUUGGUAAACCAACUUCGGAUUUAGCCCAAGCGAGCUCACAAAAUCUGAUUACAGAGAGAAAGAGAGGGAGAAAAUGAAGACCCACCCACUUCUUUCAUAACUAUCCUCUCUCCCUCUCUCUCUCUCUAUUUCCAUUCUGUCUCCCACGUUGUGCUUCAUUUUGCUCGAGGAAAGAGAAACAGAGAGACGAGCGUGAGGGAGAUUCUUGAGGGCCCCAGAUGAGAAGGUCUCCUCCUUCCUCUUCCUGCUCUUCUUCCCCAUCGUCAUCGUCCUCUUCAUCAGCUUCUUGUGUUGUUGGGUCUGUUAGCCCUCCUGACAUAUCCGAGAAGCCCAAGAGGAAACGCUCCAGGAAAAUUCAGAAUCGCAAUUCCUCAGCUGAUGAUCAGUCCCAGAAUGCCAACAGCCCCAGCUCCGCUCGGAGAAGCUCCAUUUACAGAGGAGUCACCAGGCACAGGUGGACAGGGAGGUUUGAAGCUCACCUCUGGGACAAGAGUUCUUGGAACAACACACAGAACAAGAAAGGACGACAAGUUUAUUUGGGCGCUUAUGAUAGCGAGGAAGCGGCCGCUCGCACCUACGACCUCGCCGCCCUGAAGUACUGGGGGCCCAACACGAUCUUGAAUUUCCCGAUAGAUGCUUACGAGAAAGAGCUCGAGGAAAUGCGGAACGCCUCCAAGGAGGAGUACCUGGCGUCCCUGCGGCGGCGCAGCAGCGGCUUUUCCAGGGGCGUUUCAAAGUACCGCGGCGUGGCCAGGCAUCAUCACAAUGGGAGGUGGGAGGCUAGAAUUGGGCGAGUUCUUGGCAACAAGUAUCUCUACUUGGGUACAUACAAUACACAGGAGGAGGCGGCGGCCGCAUAUGAUAUGGCGGCCAUCCAAUACCGAGGAGCGAAUGCGGUGACAAACUUCGACAUUAGCAAUUACGUCGAAUGCCUGAAGAAGAAGGGCGUCCAUAUCAACCUGCCGCAACCCCAAGCGACACCAGCUGAUACUCCUGAAUCACAGGAAACACAGUAUGUCAUUGUUCAUGAUGACCCGAAGCCGCAAACACCUCUCGAACAAGAAAAGCUAGAGCAAAAGGUCCUCCGAUAUGCCGAUGACCUCGACCUCGGCCCAUCUCCCAAUUGCAUGGACAUGGAUUCCUCUGGCAUAAUGGACUCGGCCGACGACCAAGAGCUCGCUCCAUGGAGCUUCUGCAUGGACGUGAUUGGGCUCAACCCGUUGCCGAUCCCGGACCUUAUGAUCGAGAAGGCCGGAGAACUGCCAGAUCUGUUCGGCGAGCGGGGUUUCGAGGAUAACAUCGACUUGAUCUUUGGAGGGAAUUAUGGAGUGGUGGAGGUUGAAGGGAAUGUGAUGGAGGGUAAUGAUGGGCAAGGGAUGAUGUUGUUGUGUGAGAGAUCAUCAUCCUCCCCAUCUUCUUCAACAACUUCACUUUCUUGUGACUAUAGUAGUGUUUGAAGGUCUUCUCUGUUUUCUCUCUUUUUUUCAUACCUUUUCUGGGUGGGAGAUAUGUUUGGAAGGUAAGAACUGGUAGGGUUUGUUUAACUCUUUUUUGAUUUUUCCUUUCUUUUGGUGGAGUUGGAAUCUGUUGGGGGACGGUUGAUGGGAAAGAUUAAAUAAAGCAAGCGUUCCCAAA